AUCUUAGGCUAAUGCAACGGUGUGUUGUUUCCGUGACGCGUUAUUGUCGUCAAGGGCUUCGGUCUUUACUUGUUCAUUGUUUUAGGCGUCUAAUUGCUUGUCCAACAUCUAAAAAGUGAUUGAUACAUUAUCCUUACAAGCGAUUGUGAAACCUGUUUCAUAUUUGGAAUAUGGAAUUACAAAAGCAUGCUUUUGCCAUAGUGGAUUUAUUUGCUACGAACGGCACGUAUGUUCAUGUUGUCCGUACAACCUGGAUUAUAACUGGAAACACACAGUGCUUGGUUCCUAAACAUCACACUUAUGAGGCACACAUCAGAAAGACUGAGAAACCAGAAUCUGAUUGGAUUUUAUACCCGUGCCAUGUUCGCAAAGGAUAUGAUUCCUAUGAGACAGCAAGGAGACACCUUGCUGAAGCAACUGUGAAUUCCGAAAUAAAUUCAACUGAUGUCGAAGUAAAUGCAAUGGGAAGAGGCCAUCGAAAGAAAAUUGGAAACAAGAGGUACUCACCUUAUGAGGAGAAGAGACCGUCAAUAGAAAUAGAUGGAGAAGAUUCAGAAGAUAGCAGUGUUGGGUUUUAUGGUCCCACGCAAAGUUUACUUCCUACCAUUCCUAUUCCUCGACAUUUGAUGGCAAGUACAAGCAACCCAAUGGAAGAAGGGAUGAUGUCCACUAACAGCAGGCAGGAUCCUACCCUGAUUAGUGAAGGAAAUUUAGAUUCUUGGGACAUGACUGAAGAACAGAGUGCCAUCUCAAACAUCACUAUUCAGCCUAAAGAUUUGACGCAAUCAACGAGCAACUCAAUUCAAGAAAGUCGUAAAAAGAUCUUGGGCCGCAUUCAUCUCAUUGAAAGUAAAGGCCUCUUGCAAUUGGGAGGGGAAACCUCGAAAGGGUAUCCAAAAGCACGGUCUACAAAAAUCCUUGCUAACUGAAGCCAUUUUCAAAGGAAUUACUAUUUCGAAGCCUUUUAAAGGCGCAAACCAAAUUUGAUUUGGAGUUUGAAACCAAAAAAAUUAUGAAAAGUGCUCCAGAAUUAUUCCAACGAGUCCAGCAGAGCCUUGGGAAAGACAACAGCAUACCACGGGAUAUCAGUGAAGACAGUGGAUAACUCCCUAUUAGUUCAUUGAACGGGUAUGGAGUCGGAGUCAUGUUCCUCACUCAAUUUCGUGAUUGUUUCGUCUUGUGUUUCUCAAUUUAGUCAGCACGUGUCCGUGCACAUGGACCAAAUUAAAACUGAUAUAUGUUAAAUCUACUGUAUCGUUUUUGAAAUUUCUGCUGUGAAUACAUGAUAUUCAGCUCCCUA